GACCCAGGCCGCUCGGCAGCAACCCUGGCGGCGGCGGGACUCGAAUCGCGCCCCCCCUGAUUCCAAGCUUAACUUCCCGAGCUGACGUCAGCUGGCAGCCUUGGCAGUACUCGCCGCUCCGGACAUAGCGCUGAGAAAAAUGCUGCUCUCCGUCCCGCCAAGGACUGGAAUCAAUCCAUACAACGGCUACAACAACAGAAACAGUAAAAAGCAGGCCUAUGUGUCCUCCAGCCACCAGAUGGCGCCGCCUAGUCCCAACCACAACAGUAGCAGCACCAGCAGCGCUGGAGGGGAACAGCUGAGCAAGACCAACCUCUACAUCCGUGGCCUUCACCCCGGCACCACUGACCAGGACCUGGUUAAGCUCUGCCAACCGUAUGGGAAGAUUGUAUCCACAAAGGCCAUCCUGGAUAAAACCACCAAUAAAUGCAAAGGUUAUGGCUUCGUUGACUUUGACAGCCCAGCAGCGGCACAGAAAGCUGUGACUGCCCUGAAAGCCAGUGGAGUGCAGGCACAGAUGGCCAAGCAACAGGAGCAGGACCCCACUAACCUGUACAUCUCUAACCUGCCCGUGUCCAUGGAUGAGCAGGAGCUGGAGGCCAUGCUCAAGUCUUUUGGGCAGGUCAUCUCCACGCGGAUCCUGCGUGAUGCCAACGGCACCAGCCGCGGAGUGGGCUUUGCCAGGAUGGAGUCAACAGAAAAAUGUGAGGCCAUCAUUCAGCAUUUUAACGGCAAAUACAUCAAAACUCCUCCCGGGGUCCCAGUGCCCACGGAACCCUUGCUGUGCAAGUUUGCGGAUGGGGGGCAGAAGAAAAGGCAGAACCAGGGGAAGUACCUGCAGAACGGACGGCCUUGGGCGAGAGAGAACGAGGCGGGCGGGAUGACGCUGACGUAUGACCCGACGGCCUUACAGAAUGGGUUUUACUCACCUCCUUACAGCAUUGCACCAAACCGAAUGAUCGCUCAGACCUCUCUGUCUCCGUAUAUGCACUCUCCUGUCUCAUCUUACCAGGUGCACAGUCCCUCCUGGAUGCAUCACCAGUCAUACCUCAUGCAGCCAGCAGGGGUGUUGACUCAAGCGAUGGAUCAUCCCAUGUCCAUCCAGCCCACCUCUAUGAUGGGCCCCCUCACCCAGCAGCUCAGCCACCUGUCAAUGGGCAGCACGGGCACGUACAUGCCGAACACAACUAUGCAAGGGACCUACAUCCCUCAGUACACCCCAGUGCCUCCCUCUAGUGUUCCUGGAGAGGAAAAUGGUGGACAACAACAACAACAGGUUGCCAUGGAGAACCCCACAGAACAUCCAAACUACUCCUACCAACACACCAAGUGAAACCCAGGGUCAGUCAACCAAAGGUGGGAGAUUUUUGCGAUGGAGCUUUACUCUAUUUUGAUAACAAACCAACAAAACUAAAGAAAAAGAAGAGGCUGUUGAAUUCAAACAGGAGAAAAAUUGCAAAAUUAUUAUUUUUAUGCAUGUUAUUAAAAAAAAUCUUAUUUUUAAAAGAGGCAUUCUGGAACACUAGAAUGAGACAAGUAAGAAAGUUACAACACAAUGUGUCUUUUAUUUUUUGUAAUAUAUGCAAACUUUUAUUUUUCAUUUUUAUUUGUUUCUUUUUCUUUUUCGAUCAGCAGCCGUAAAAUAUUUUUGUACAGUUUCAAAAACUCGAACAAUGCAUUCUGUUUGUCAUAUUUUUUUUUUCAUAAGUUGUUUUGACGUGAUAAUUACUAUUGUAGUUGAAGGCAGGCCAAAAACCAUUUAAAGCUACUCGUUCCUAUUCAUUCUGGUGAGAAAUCAAGCCUAGCGUGACUUUUUUUUUUUUUUUUUUUUUUUUUUUAAAG